ACUUGAUUGUCAACUGAGUUGACGAAUCAAAUAGUCGUAUUGCCUAACUGUGGGCGUGUCAUUUUUGAAAGACAAGUAUUUUAUCCAAUAAGCACGCGAUCAGUAUGUGGCUGACGGGAAAGUGAAAUUUACCAACGUCUUGUUAUGGAAGAUGUCAGUCUUUAGAGGAGCAAUGAUAACUGCGUCAAAGUCAAGAAUACUGAACCUUGCAAGGGCAUCUGUUCUUCUGAACAACCUCAAUGUUAGUCAACAAUUCAGUCGGGCUCCUCAGAGUUCCAAACCCUUUUACACAGCGGGACUUCGGUUUUACAGCAACGUCUCCGUCCAGGAGAAGUCCGGGGUGUUGAGCCCAUCUGAGGAUAAAGUUCACCUCACCGAUUCGUGCGUGAAGGUUAGAAGACCCCUAGAACAUUAUCAGAGACUAUCAGAAAUCAUGGAAAAGGGCGAGUACCUUAGGAUACAUGUGGAGGGAGGAGGAUGCUCUGGGUUCCAGUACAAGUUUUCUGUAGAUUGUAGCAUAAAUGAAGAUGACAGAGUCUUUGAACAGGGAGGAGUGGGUGUUGUUGUGGACCAGGACAGUCUGGAGUUUGUUAAAGGAUCCACAGUGGACUUCAGUCAGGAGCUGAUCCGUUCCACCUUCCAAGUGCUCAAGAACCCUCAGGCUGACCAUGGAUGCUCCUGUGGCAGUUCCUUCUCUGUCAAACUAUGAUCCCUGAGUCUGUGAUAUUCAGUACUCACAUUCAGCUGUUUAUUAGUUAAAUUAAUAAAAUAAUAAAUAUCAAGAGAUUAUAUGGAUAAUAAUCAUUAAACAUGCAACAUAGACGUCCUAAACAAUUACCAUGAACUUGCAAACUACAGGUAAACCUAAUAAACUGGUCACUGGGAGUUUUAUGUUAUAGUGGAUGAUGUUGAAUUUCUGAUUCAGUCAACUACAUUUAGUGGCAGUGAAUAUUGCAAAUGACAAUUUAUCAGCCUUUUCUAUGUUUUUGUGUGAAAAUAAGUUAAACUGACUUAGCAACGGGUGUAUUGAUCAGUUUGCAACAACAAACAGUGACAGCACAUAAUCAGCUGCACUUUAGUGUGGUGUAAUCCAGCAAAACAAAGACUAACUUGAAGUUUUUGAAUAUUCAGUGUUUAGAUUUGCCUUUAUGUGUAAAAUAUGUAAAUAUGCCAUGUCUCUGAAGUUUUAAGUUAUAUUGUUUCAUUUGGAAUAAAUUAAGUCAAAAUA